UCUGGCAAGAACUGCGGGCACCGAGUCACCUGGCAAAGGACUGCGGACACCGGAGUCGGUUCUGGGCAAGACUGCUUUGGGCACCGAUGUCGUAUGCGCAAGACUGCGGGCACCCGGAGUCUGUCUGGCAGGAACAGCAGGGUCAUCGAGUCAAUGGGGCGGAACUGCGGGCGCCGAGUAAUCUGGCACAGACUGCAGGGCAGCAAGAGGAUCACAGGCACGACAGUGGACUCUGACUCAAUUUGGCACGGACUGCGGGCACUGGGGUCAUCACGUACCGGAUUGUUCUGGCUCGACAGCGGGCAUCGGGCAGUCACCAGGCCUAAUAGGGAUCGUCAGGCUGGAAUCAGUUCAUCAUGCUGGGUAGAAGGCAUCAGGCUGAAUGCAGGCAUCUGGCUGAGAAUAGGCAUCAGGCUGAGUAGAGGCAUCAGGCUGGAGUAAAGGCAUCAGGCUGAGUAGAGGCAUCAGGCUGAGUAGAGGCUUCAGGCUGAGUAGAGGCUUCAGGCUCCAGUAGAGGCUUCAGGCUGAGUAGAGGCUUC